GCCUCGCCCUCUUCCCUCCUCAUCGGCGGGACCGCCUUCGGGAAUGUCUCGCAGGGCCUGGCCUCACUCAAGCCCCGACGGGAGUUGGACGGCGAGAGGGGGGGCAGGGUAGGGAAUGGCGUCACGUUUCGGGCGCGCUCGGAACGACUUCGGGGAAACUCGGGUCCAUAUUGAGAUUCACUAAAUCGUGUCUUAUGCUACAACUAAAAGGCAUUCCAUUAUUUACUGCAGUUCAGUACAAUGCAGAGUUUGGAGGACAGACGGGUGAUGCAUAUCUCUUAUAUUAAUAUGGAACAGGAAGAUGACGUAGGACACCAACACCUGCGUAAAAAUACCCUGAAUGAGCAGAAUGAAAUUCUUCGUCUUCCAACUAUCCAGUCAUUAGUGAACAACUCUCACGUGGAUAAUAAUCAUUUGCAAAAGGAGUUCUUCUCUCUUAAGAUCAGGAACUGCACUCUGUUUAAAGCUGUCCCAUUGCCUCAUAUUGGCAAAAAAAGGCCACCACGCUUGAGUGAUGCAGCGAAUGGAGCUGCAUCUUCCAAGGAAUCGCUAGGUCCACUUUUUUCUCCUGAAAAAGAUAUAUUUGAAAAGCUCUUUAAACACUUUGAUAGCACUGCAGUGACAGGCUGGCUGGAGAAGGCACACAACUUCAUUAGUGACAUGGGCACGUGGAGUUGUUGUGGAGAUAACUUUGUACGCUUUGCACAUUUCUGGCUGUCUGAACUCCAGUACAACCACAAAGAGCAACUGUUAGAACUGGAAAUGGGAGUUAUUGAGGAUGAAGUACGCCUUGCUUUUGAGGGGUCAGGCUCCAAGGAGUUCCAGCCAUCGGAUUUGAAUUUCAUUCUUGCAGCUGCGCUGAGUGAAUAUCCCAUCGUACUUGUGAACGACCAGAACCCAUAUGUUUUUCUUGACUAUUUAAACUUUAUGUCUUCAGCGGACACAUCUGAAUAUAAGGAAAUGCUUUCAGCUAUACAGUACACAACCAAGAACCCUCAGAUAGCUCAGUGGUUGCUAGCUAUACGAGCAUUUGCACUUGCAAAUCUCUGGCAUGCAAUAGUGAAGUUCUAUAAGGCAUUGGUCAAAACCCAGCUCUCCUCUGAACAACCUGUCAAGAGUUCUGUUUCUGCUACUAGAAAGCAAUCCAGCGAAGUGGUUAAAGAAAGAGCUUUACAGACUGUUCAGUUGGGAUAUGCAGAUGUCUUGGAUUACCUUGUUAGAAGCCAGAAGCUUGAUCUCAGUGUUGCUGAUGAAAAGAACAGAAAUCUAAUAUUUUUAGCCACUAUAUAUGAUCAGUCAAAGAUCUUGGAUUAUUUCAUUGAAAUGGCUCUUCCUGUGCCCAACAUAAACCAAGUAGCAGAAAAUGGAAACACAGCACUUCAUGCCGCAGUAAACACUGGAAAAAUGCAUCUUGUGUCUUCGCUCUUGCAUUACCCUGGAAUUAAUGUGAACGUCCCAAAUCCACAGUGCGAUGGGGCGACUGCGUUACAUCUUGCUAUUGCUUACGGGCACCUGGGAAUUUGCUAUUUGUUGCUGAAUGCCACCGCUGAUGUAGAAAGUCCCAUGGGAGGGUUGACACCUUUGCAACUUGCCGAGAUGUUUGGGAAUGAAACUAUAAUUGCCCUUAUCAAAAUGCACGUAAAGAAAUUUAAACUAGAAAAUAAAAUGUUUGCCUGAUCAUCUUGUUGAACAACAUCCUGUAGAAUUUUUGAAAAUAUACCACCUAUUUUAAUUUUUCUAUUAAAGCUUUCUCCCCGCACAAACUUUGGAGGUGAGUGUGUUUUCUUUGUUAGAAGUCUGGCAUUCUUUACCAAUGGUGCUCCUUCAGUUAGGUUCAAUUCUGUUUUGAGUGCUUUAUUUUAUUUACCUCAAUCUGAGGCUGCUUCCUGGUUUUCUUAUAUUUCUGGGUUCUCAGCUGUGACGGAAGGGACAAACUGCUGGUGGGAGAACAGUAUGCUGCUUUGGGGACAAGAGCAAAUUGACUCGUGGAGAACCUGAGAACAGGGAAGGGAGAAAAGGCAUAUGUGGUCACAUGACAGCUAGUCCUGUCCUGCCUGGAGCAAUUGAGAACAUAAGAAGAGCUUGCUGGAUCAGACCAAUGACCCAUCUAGUCCAGCUUCCUGUUCUGACAGUGGCCAACCAGAUGCCCGUGGGAAGCCUGCAAGCAGGACCUGAGUGCAAGAGCAUGUUUGCCUUCUGCAGUUUCCAGCAAAUGUUAUUCAGAAGCAUGGUUGGAGGCAGAGCAUAGCCAUCAUGGCAUGAGUUCUAGUAUCAUGGGACCACGGGGGCGGAUUUUCUCUAUCCACUUUCUCCAUGCUCUUAACUAAAAAGUCCCAAAUGCUUCAACCUUUCCUCAUAGGAGACCUGGACCCACCAUGAACCAGGGUGGAAGAGUAGGAAAGAGGUGAGAUUUGUGGAGA